AUGGAUGAUAUUAUCUUUUACCAACCCCGUUCAACCUCAAGCAACCGGCCUCCUCGUUUUCCAGGUACGCUCACGGCUUCAAUUAUAUCUAGAGGAUCAAUUACACCUAUUUCCGUCCGCCAAACUGCCUCGCAGCUCAGUCCACGGAACGAGAUGUGGAAAGAUCAUAUACUCAAAAACCGAGAUUUCAGCAAUCCCUCCCAGAGACCACCCUCAGCUCAGCGUUGCAGAAAUGAUACCGUUCAGGAGAUCGUUCAAGGGCAAACAACACGCUAUUCCCCGAAUAACGACGACGAUGACGACUUACCGGAUAUCGCUGAGAUCCUAUCGGGCAUAAAGCCGAACGAUGUCUCAGCAAGCGCGAACUCGAACAGCGAUGACGACGAUGGCUUUCUUGAUAUAGAUGAGCUCCUGGCAGGCCUAGGGCAGAAGAGCGUCCCAACGAGCGCGAAACCGAACUCCGGUGGCACAGCUGGAAAAGUCGACAGUGGAACUCGAGGUAGCAGUCCUGUUGACUGUAACCGCUCAACAGAAGGAAACACACAAGAUCCAAUUAUACUCAGUGACGACGAAUCUGUAGGCGCCGAUUCUGAAACCGACUACAGCAAUCUCGACGUCAACCUCACUAAAAGCGAUUCCUACUCUCUACACGUUGCAGGUAGCGACCCGGCGGGCAGUAACGGCUUCGGCUUAGCAACUACACUUAUUUCUGAUCGUCUAGUCGCAUACCACCAAGACGACGCUAACGACAACGUCAUAGCCGAUAAAGCAAGGCUUCAGCUCGCUACUGACCGUCCAAGAUCAGCCUCCCCUGGCUACGGGCCCGUCACACACCAAGCCAGGCCCCUACGAGUGAAUACCGAGAUCGCGCAACGGACCGCGAGUUACGUUGACCUCGGUGUGACCGAGGAGGUGGAAGACGAGGGUAUUGAUGUCAUCGCCAAGGGAGAUGAUGACGGCGAUGCCGACACUCGCUCUACAAAGAGAUCAAGGUCGUCUGCUAUUUCUUGCAACAAUUCAGCCUCCGAUAGCAACGUCUCCGUUUCUGAGCUGCAGGAUGGCCAACACGAUUCCGCUCAAUUCCCACAGCCAGACUUGACGAUCGGCCCUCCGCUGAGGCAUCGUCGCCGACGAGAUACUACAAGAAAUAGCUACCGCAAGCGACCACGCACGCCGGCUCCUACUGGACUGGCUAGCGCCGUUAGCACCGUUUCUGCGGCACUCGAAUCUAACGACCGUAAAGAUCCCCAGUCAGUCGCUCUGCUCGCGGCCCCGGGCCCGGAACAAGAGACCCGCGACAUUGACCAGGAAAUAGUUGAUGGAGGCACCUAUGAUUCUAACGACGAAGAUUAUAACGAUAUAAGCGACGCCGCUGCUUCUGAGAUACAAGGCCGACCACGUUCUCGGAAACGAGUCAGGCGGGCGAAGGAUACAAAACCCAACGAUGUAGAAACUCCUUCCACUAAGUCCCUCGAUAUCUUAUAUCAAGCGGCUGCGGCAACCUCGCCUAGAGGUAUUCAUGAGAGCGAAGAGAUCCCUAUUCAUGGAUAUCUUACACUAAAGACUAUCGAAUCGAAAGUCGUCUACUGUCUCACAUUUUCUCAAGAAUUGCUACCGGAGCCUAGUAGAAUAUCGCAGAAACAAGUUAUUGCUAAGAGCGUCUCUAGCAGCAGUAACAGGAGAGACUCAGAACGGCCGCCUAUACAAGAACGGGCUAUGAGUAAACUUGUCAGGAAUUCGCGAUUUUCGUCCGAAGACGACGAUCUUCUACUGCAACUAAAAGGAGAGGGUUUAUCGUGGGAUGAGAUUUCAGACCGCUUCCCGGAGAGGAGCAAGGGGACAUUGCAGGUACACUACAGUACCAAGUUGAAGCCUCGUUCGGAGACGUCCAAGAAGACAAAUAAACGCCGGAGGUCUGGGUGA